AUGUCGUUUACAGCCCCGCCUCCUCCUGAGUCUGGCAGCUUGCCGGCUCCAGGCUCUCUCGACAGAAUGACCCUCAACAUGCGGGACCUUGUGAAAAAGGUUCAGAAGUUGAGCCAGCUGGGGAUUGAGGACAACCAGAUUGCCCUCCCAAAGGUUUGUGUCGUCGGUGACCAAAGCACCGGGAAAAGCUCCUUAAUUGAAGCCAUUUCCGAAAUUCGUGUUCCUCGGAGCGCGGGCACCUGCACGCGAUGUCCAAUGGAGAUCGUUCUCCGGGAGUCCGAGCCCGAUCAGCCUUGGAGAUGUUGCAUCUCCUUAGUCCGCGGAAGUCUUUAUGAUCCGCAGAAGACUCUAAGAUCAGUGCUUCCGAGAACAGAAAAGACCGAGUAUCUCGGUCCCUGGCUUCGCAGAAAUCAUCUGGACGAGGAAGAGUUUGUGACUUUGACGGACAAAACUCAAGUGCAGGAAGCAAUCUGGUGGGCGCAAUUGGCGAUCCUGAACCCCACGUCCGACUCCCAGGAAUAUGUACCCGGCAAGAAUUUCGGUACUUCGACCGCCAUGGAAGUGAAGUUUUCCCCAAACAUCGUGCGGUUGGAUAUAUCUGCUCCAGACUUCCCUAAUUUGUCGUUUUACGACUUACCCGGCGUCAUAAACCAGGCGGAUAACGAUAGCGAGAAGUACCUGGUAAACCUUGUCCAGAAACUUGUGAAACAAUACAUCUCACAGGAAAAUUGUAUCGUUCUCCUCACUCUCUCAAUGACAGAUGAUGGUGCGAACUCGAGCGCAGCCCGGAUUAUUGGGGAUGUCAAGGGUGCCAAGGACCGCACUCUUGGUGUCCUUACCAAACCAGAUCGACUCGCCAUCACGGAUGAGUCUUACCAGCAGUGGGCUGAGAUUCUGGACGGUCGAAAGUUCCCUAUUGGUCAUGGUUACUACGUCGUAUGCAACAAUCCAAGCCCCGACGUGGAUCAUUCGAUCGCCCGGCAAGAGGAGGAGGUUUUUUUCGGUCAACCUUUUUGGUCGGGGAAUAUGGCUGCAUACCAAGACCGUUUUGGUGUACGGAAGCUGCAGAGCGCCCUUUCUGAUGUGUUGAUGGCACAGAUCCAGAAGUGCCUGCCGUCGAUCAUCAAGCAGAUUGAUGAGAAGGCAAUUCGCAUCGAUGAAGAAUUGAGGACUUUGCCGGAUCCUCCAGCCGAUAAUGUCCAGCGUAUUCUUAUUGAGAAGGUUUUGACGUUGGGCCUACGCUUUAAGGGAAUGUUCAGCGACGGACCUGACCCCGAGAGCAGGAUGCUUCAGCAAUCCUGGAACAACCUUGUGCUCGAUUUCCAGAAGGCUCUCGAGAAGACUCAACCCCGCCUUCGUCUCGGAGCGAUAUCCGACUCAUAUCAAAUGAGAGAAAGGUUGGAUCUUGACUUGGAAAUGGGGGUUCCAAGCACACCUCGGGGGAAAAGAAAGGCAGCUGCCGUGGAGGAACCUCCCCGGAGCGCGGAGCCGAAGGCUCAGCAGCCUUCAACACCAACACCUGCAAAGGUAUUUGUGACGAACCAUUUUUCGAGGUGGGAGACCGCCCGGAGAUUUGAGCUAGAAGAGAUUCGUUCAAUCAAACAAGAGUGCCAACGGGCCGGGAUCCCCAAUCAGAUUGAACCCAGUGCGAUUCAGACGCUGAACCGCGAAAUGGUGAUGCACUGGGGGGGAAUCGCAAACGACUUUGUCCGUGCCUUGCACCGUGUGGUUGGAAAAGCCAUAUUGAUGACACUUGACAAUGUGAUCGCGGAGUACCAGCAGACUGGUCUCUAUCGGGAGCUCCAAAAGCUCAUCAGUGAAUUCUUGGAAUCCAUCGAGGCACAAUUCGCCGAAGACGUCUCAGCUUAUUUCGAGAUGGAGCGUGGUAGCACCCUCACAAUGGCGCAAAUGGAGCAUAAGGAGCGCACAACUCGCUCUCUAAAGCUGUUAACAGAGCGCCGUGACCAUGCACGAGCCAAAUGUUGGCUCAGACUUCGUGGCCGCCCCGACGACGAUCACACCAAAGUUCCUGCCUCCGAGCUCGGGCCCGACCCUUUCUCUCAAGAGAUUGAGAUGAUGGCUAACUCGCGUGGCUACUAUGAAAUCGCUCGGAUGAGGUUCACCGAUAUGGUGUGCCUGUUAGCAGAGUCCAGGGUCAAAUGGAAGUGCCGAGAUCAACUCCAACAGACCCUAGAAGCUCAGCUGAAAGCUGCAACUCCAGACCGCUGUAGUGAGCUCAUGGCUGAAGACCCUGAGCGUGAAGCUCGACGAAGCUAUCUUGCAAAACAGCGAAAGAAACUGAGCCAGGCUCAGGAAUGGCUCGCUACCGUCUACAACGUCGAUGAGGAUGAGGAAAUUGAGGCUCCGUCCGACGCCACCAUGGGCGAUCGAGAGGAUCUCCAGGACUGGGAUGAUACUUUUGCGUAA